CCUGGCUCGCAGCCUGGGAGGCUGCCGGGCGGCUACUCACCGCGCUUGCCUGAGCCGGCGGGCAGAGCCGGGCCAGCCUGCCGGAGGGCUGACAGGGCCUCGCCAGCAGCGGCACCGUCCCUGCGGUGCGAGCCGGAGUGGCGGCAGCGGGGCCGGGACAGCCGCGGGCAGGGAGCACCGCCCCGGCCCGCAGCUUCUGCCGCUGCCAUGUCGGAGCUGGCGCUGAUGGAGCUCUCGGCUCUCGCCGCCAUCUACUGCGAGCCAGACGCCUGCGAGGUGCUGGCGGUCUCAGAGACACAUGGAAUCACAUUUAGAAUUCAAAUCAGUGUGAAAGAGGUGCUGGAUACAGAUGUACUUUUAAAGCUGUUAUUCCAUUUACCAGUCAAUUAUCCAUCAACACUUCCAGAUAUUUCUGUUAACUCAGACCAGCUUACAAGGGCCCAAUGUAUGGAUGUGAAAGAUGAAUUACUUGAACAAGCAAAGAAGCAUCUUUCUGAAACCAUGGUAUAUGAUCUGAUUCUUUGGAUACAGCAGCAUCUUCAAUAUGUCAUUAAGCAAUCAGCAACUGUUUGCAAUGAAAAAACUGCUUUGUCAAAACGAGCAAGUACAGAGGAUGGGACCUGGAUGCUCCUUUUACAUUUAGAUCACAUGAGAGCAAAGGCAAAAUACACCAAAACUGUGGAAAAAUGGGCUUCAGAUCUAAGGCUGACUGGAAGACUGAUGUUCAUGGGCAAGAUAAUAUUGAUUCUUCUUCAGGGUGACAAGAACAACAUUAAGGAGUACUUGAUUCUUCAGAAAACUUCCAAGGUAGAUGUGGACUCAAGCGGAAAGAAAUGCAAAGAGAAAAUGAUCAGCGUACUGUGUGAGACAAAUGUACAGUCACAGCAUAAAAGGUUUCAGACGUUUGAAGUCAAAGAAUAUUCAACACUGAAUGAGCUACAAAAGGAAUUUGAAACUGCAGGACUUACAACUCUUUUCUCUGAGUUUGUGCCUCCUCUCCUAAAAUAAAAAUGAAAGGGAAUGCUUUAACCAAAGCAGUAGCUGACUGCAGAUGCUGAUGGAAGAUUGAAGGACUGAUUUGGUAAACUGUGUUAAAACUUUUGUGCAAAAAAUGCCAGAAAUAGCCAUCCUUUUGCAAGAAAGACAAGGCAAUUCAUACAUUAAGAAUUGAUAUUUUUUUCAAAAUUUAUGUAUUGACAGCUUUUUCUGAGGAACAUGGGGUUAGUUGUGGUAAUUGCAUGGUAUGCAUGAGAGAUUGGGAAGAAAUCAUGUUAAAUAAUAGUCUUUUUGUUAGUGUCUGGUUUUGAUCUCUGUUUUUUCAAUGUUGUUUAUCUCUCCUGGUAGUGGUCUUUCAUAAAUGGUUUGUCAGCAUGAUUAAUUUUUCUUUGAAAGCUUAUAUGAAGAUAGUUCUAUAAAAAGGAUGAGAGAUUGAUUUGAAUGUGUGAGGACAGCUAAUAUACCAUAGGUGUGCAUCUGGUAGCUUUUCCUUCUCCAUUUAUUUGACUAUAAAUGCUAAUCUGUUGUGAAGACAAAGUUCAUGUCAUUUGGGGCCUGAAAAGAACUAGAAGUGUCUUUCUGAGCAUUAGUUUAUAUUCUAAAAUGUACAAAAACACCCAAGUGGAGAAUUUAAAUUGCUUAAAAAGCUAAGGUAAUGCAAAUGGCAAUACUUUAUUUGAUAGCUUACAGAUUCCUUUUUCCACUUUAUCUGGUUUUACUGUCUGUGCAUCCGUAGAUAUCUUGAUUCAAUUAAACUGUCAGAGCAGUAUAUAUGCAGACUUCAGUCUUCUGUAUCUCAAAACUAGUUUCAAGUCUUCUGUCAUUUUAGAAGCUGGUAAGUUAUAAGCCCCUAUUAAAAUAUCCCUACCUUUAGAAUUAAUUUUUUUAAUUGGUCAGUGGCCUUAGCCAGCUUAUAAAUUUUUUAUAUUUCUGGUCUGUGUUUUGCUAUGGUAUAAUCUUAUGAACUAUAUACAUCACUUUUUUCAAAUUAAAUCAUACAAGUUCUGUUUGCCUAGGGAGAACUGGGUACUUAUUUCUUAUAAUUAGUAAUGUCCUUUGGUUUCUAUUUUACCUGAUACCAUUCUCUAGCAAUACUAUAUGAGUUGCCCUGUAGUAAAGAUUUUGAAGUGAAUUUGAGUUUUGCAGUUGCUAGUAAUGCCAUUUUAAUUGAUUCUAGCAUGUAGCUAAACAUGUGCUUUACUGCUUUCUAAAACUCACUCCCAGCAGCCAAAUGUUUCACAUACACUUUGUGAACUGAAUAGAUUUGAUUGAUUAAGCAUAAAUUAAAUUAUCUCCUUUGUACUGGGGGAAGGCUGGUGCAAUUUGGCCAGUUCCCGUAGUGCAGUGAUUCACCCUGUAAGGUAUUUUGAUUUCCAGUUUCAUAUUCAAACCAGGAAAUCAUACCUCUUUCUUAUGUAUACUAGAAAAGCAACUAAAGCAAUCUCUUAAGAUUUUUAGUUUACUAUUUGAGAUAUCAAAUGCAUAAAGGAUUAUAAACUGAGAGUUUCUUAAGUUUUUAAGGAGUUUGGUAAUUUUCAUAAUGUGAAGGGUCUCUAAUAUGUGUGUUGCAUGUUAUUUUAUGCACCGAGGUUUAGUUAAUGAGACAUUAGUAAAAGCUCUUCUGAAUGAGUCUUUCA